AUGGAUAACGACGAGUUGGAAGCCAUCAGACAGGCUCGAAUGGCCGAGCUGCAGAAGAGCCAAGGAGGAGCUCCCGGAGGAGGGCAGGGCAUGCCUCAGAUGGGAGGACGACCAGGAGGUGCCGGAGGGGCAGGAGGAGCUGAGGAUGAAGGUCGAGUUGCUAUUCUCUCACAAAUUCUCACAGCCAACGCACGAGAACGACUCUCGCGGAUCCGAAUCGUGCGACAAGACAGAGCUCGGCAGGUUGAAGACAUGCUGAUAAGACUGGCUCAGACUGGCCAGAUCCGAAAGAAGGUCGAGGAGGAGGAACUGGUGAGUUUGCUGGGUCAGAUUAGUAAGCAGGACCAGAAGACUACCGGCAACAACAAGAUCAUCAUCAAUCGGAGAGAGUUGGACGACGACGAUGAUGACUUUUUCGAUUAG